CAGCAGCCAAACGCACCCUAAGAAAAAAAAACCACCCUUUUAUUUGCAGCUAUUUCUUUCCUUCUAUCCUCUUCCUUCAUUAGGCUGCGGAUAACUCUCUCUGUUGCUCCAUUUUCUCUCUCCUCUUAUAUUUUCAUGUCGGUUUAAUCUCUACCCUAUAAAUCCCCCCUUUCUUAUUUUUUCUCUCUUCAAAUCUUCCCGCUCUCUCUCACUUUAUUUCCUCUCUCCUCCAUAUUUGAGUGUUCUUACCUCCCGCUUUGAUCACUUAUUUUGAUCACAUUUAUUCAACCCUUUUCCCCCUUUUGAUCAUUUUUAAAAAAUACUGAUUUUACUCUGUUUUUCCUAAAUAGUUGAUUAGGGUUUAUUAUUUCAAGGUUUAUCACUCAUCAUUUGAUCAAUAUAAGGGAUACCCAUUUUAUUUCUGGGUGUUAAUUUUUCUGGGUUUGUUUUGAAUCAUAAAAUAGUUCAGUAAUCAUGGUGGAUCUAAACGACAAAAAAUCAUCAGAGCCAGAUGGAGUUUCAUCAACAGAAAGCCAAGGAAAUGAGUUCAAACGAUGUGCAGAUUGUGGAACCUCAAAAACCCCACUGUGGAGAGGCGGUCCUGCGGGCCCCAAGUCACUGUGCAAUGCAUGUGGGAUCAGAAGCAGGAAGAAGAGAAGGGCAAUUUUGGGAUUAAAACCAGAGGAGAAGAGAUCAAGGAAGAUAAACAAUGGCAGAAGUAUGACAUCAUCAUCGUCGUCAUCAUCAUCAUCAGAGAGUAGAUUUGGUAGAAGUGGGUCCCCUCUUCAUCGACGGCUGAUAGCGCUUGGAAGGGAGGUGAUGAUGCAGAGAUCAACGGUGGAUAAGAAGCUACAGAGAGGAAUGAAGAAGUUAGGAGAGGAAGAACAAGCUGCCGUGCUUUUGAUGGCUCUUUCCUAUGGUUCAGUUUAUGCUUAGAUUACUAAUAGAAAUAAAAAAAAAGGGUUAUUUUUCUUCUUCUAAUUCCAUUUUAAUCCUUUUUUACUAGAUUUGGAAGGUGAUUAAGGAGUAAUUAGUAGUAAUAUUAGUAUUAACUAAUUGUUAGUUAGUGAAGUGAGUAAAAAUUGAGCUUGAAGAAUCAAGAAAAAGGGAGAAAGAAGAAAAAAAAAGUGAUGCCCCUUUUUUUUUGUUAAAGCAUUUGUGAUAAAAUUGGCUUUUUUGUGGAGAUUGGAAGAGUAAAUUUUCUCUUCA